AUGAAAGUAAGCAGAAACAAUUUUUUCUCAUACAUAUAAUACUGAUCAAAAUGGUUACCUUUUCUUUAAUUAUCAGCCUUAUAGUGUGUUUCUUAACUAUCACUAGAGCUGAUGAUUGUGGCGAAAUUUUUGCAAAGGGUUUAACUGACGAAGAAAAACAGUUGAUUGUUAAUAAACACAAUGAGAUUCGAUCUUGGAUUGUGCAAGGCAAAGUACCAGAUCAACCAAAAGGCAAAAACCUCUAUAUUAUCGGAUGGGACGAUGAUCUGGCUUCUGAGGCCCAAAAAAUUAGUGAAAGUUGCGUAGAAAAACACGUUCCUGUAAAAGAUGAUCGGUUUUCUGUUGGUCAAAAUUUAGCAUCUCAUUGGAAUAGUAAUGGUCCAAACAAUGAUUCCUACGCAGAACGCUUUUUUAUGAAUUGGUAUGAAGAAUACGCAAAAUUCAAUUAUCCAAAAUUUUCUAUUGAUUCUGGACAUUAUACUCAAGUAAUUUGGGACAAAACGCAAUAUGUUGGUUGCGGAUACACUUAUUAUCGAAAAAACCCAAAGGAUCCGUUUCGCAAAUUUCUAGUGUGCAAUUAUGGUCCUGGGGGCAAUGUUUUGGGAGUACCUCCAUAUGAAAAAGCGUGAAUAGUCAACUACACCAUUUUUUGUUGUGUUGUACAACUUUGCAAAAUUAAGUAAAGAAUUUAAAAAAAUGUGUUUGUUACUCAGCUCCAAUAAUCAAAACUAAACGACAUUAAAAUUAUAUUUUAUUAUCAUAUUUUUUUCUGCUCAAGUCCGGUUCAACGCAGGAGUCAGCGAACGCAAGUAGUAUUAAACUGUGAAAU